AUGACACAGACACUCGAAGAUGCCAUGAACAAUGUGGACAUUUCUCCGUCUCAUGAGGCGAAGAAGGCCAGACGCAAUCUACAGGAGUAUUUUGUCAGUGCAUUGGCCCUCGAGAUCUCACACGACAUUCGAAAUGGCCGCGGGCACUUCGGAUGCAUGGCAGCGUCACACCCAAGAUUCUUCUUCGCACAAUUCUCAUUGGUCUUUGGUCUGCAGCUUGAAGCUAUACUGAUCCCCACAGUCAAUAUCCAUCCUGUCGUAGCGACCGUUCUUGGUAUCCUCGUCGGCUUCUCACUUAGUCUUCGAAGCUCCACCGCUUACGAGCGUUACAUGGAGGGACGAAAAGUGUGGAGUAACUUGACUGGUAUAUCAGCAACGCUCGCCCGCAAUAUCUGGUGCCACGCGAAAGAGAGAGAUGGCGAAGAUGGGAAGAGGGAUCUCCUCGCUAAAGUCUCUUUUCUCAACCUCAUUACGGCGUUCGCCUUAGCGCUCAAACACAAAGUCCGCUUUGAGCCCUAUACGCAGUAUGAGGAUCUUUUCGAUCUCGUUAACCACCUCGACACAUAUGCAAAGCCAUCCGAGAUCCUAGCGUACAUGAACGCAUACGUCCAAGAGAUUGUAGACAACGGGACCUUCCCCCUCGCCGCCAUCCAAGGCAAAGCCGUCGCCAACAUCCAAACAUUCGACGACAUUCUCGUCACCGCAGACCGCAUCCUCAACACACCCCUGCCCAUCGCCUACACCAUUGCCAUAUCCCAAAUCACAUGGAUCUACGUCAUCACCCUGCCCCUCCAACUCGUCAAGCUCAUGGGCUGGGCCAACAUCCCCGUCACCAUGAUCUCCGCAUACAUCAUCCUGGGCUACGCCGCCAUCGGCAACGAGAUCGAAAACCCCUUUGGCACCGAAGUCAACGACCUCCCGCUAGAACUCUACUGCGCGCAGAUUGCAUCCGACAUUGCGAUCAUCUCGUCGCGGCCCCCCGCGCGCAUCGAGGACUACGCGUUCCAUCCGGAUAACAAGCCGCUGUAUCCGAUCAGCACGUCCGGGCCGAAGUAUUGGCCCGACGCGGAUAUCGAGGAUAUCGGGGAUGCACUCAGGACCCGCGCGCUGAUUAGCAAGCCUGCGAUGUGGCGCAGGCAGUCGCUGAUUAGUGGCAAGUUUCCGCUGGUGAGGGAUCGGUCGGUGGGAGGGUCGACGCUGAAUACACAAGGUAUGUGA